AGAAUACCAGACAGAGAGAAGUAGAUAAGGAGCUGUUGAGUUUGGAAAUUCAUUUGAAGCUCCAGAAACCUGCUACAUCUGCUGCUGCUGCUGCUGUGUAUUGACUCAGUAGGAAGUAUGAGGUACUUUAUUUUCUUGGCCCUCUGUGCUGCAACAUAUGCAGCUCCUGUCCAGGAUGACAAGAUUAUCGGAGGCUAUGAGUGCAGGAAGAACUCUGUGCCUUACCAAGUGUAUCUGAGGAGAGUCUUCGGCUUUUGUGCAGGCGCCCUGAUCUCCAGGACCUGGGUGGUGGCUCCUGCUCACUGCUACACGGUUAAUAUGAAGGUGAUUCUUGGUGAGGAUGACCUUGGUGUUGAUGAGGGCACAGAGCAAAUCAUCAACGUUGAGAAUUUUUACAUUCACCCCCAUUACCAAAAUGACUACCAGAACAACAACGACAUCAUGCUGGUAAAGCUCAGCAAACCCGCCACCCUGAACAACUACGUCCGCACCGUGUCCCUGCCCACCAGCUGUGCUGUCGCUGGCACCAAAUGUCUGAUCUCUGGAUGGGGAAGAAAAGGCGGCCCUGACGGCAGCUACCCUGAUCGUCUGAUGUGCCUGGAUGUCCCCAUCCUGAGUGACACAAGCUGCAGGUCCUCCUACCCUGGAGAGAUCAGCUCCAACAUGUUCUGUGCUGAAUCCAUCACGGAAAGCGAGGGUCCCUGCUUGCGUGACUUCGAUACCCCCCUGGUGUGCAAUGGUCAGCUGCAGGGUUUGCUGUCCUUCGGUAAAGACUGUAUCUGGGAGGAAAAGCCAGCAGUCUACACCAAGGUCUGCAAAUACAACUCCUGGAUUCGUGAAAUCAUGAUGUCUGAAUAAAUGCAACUGAAGUCACUUCAACCAGCAUUAAUCUCAAGAAACUAUGACAGCAGUUUUGAAUAAAUAAAUGAUCAACCUGA